AUGGCUGAUCCCAAGUAUGCUGAUUUGCCUGGAAUUGCAUAUGAUCAAGUUGAUGUGUAUGAGACAACUGAUUUACCAGAAUCUGAACAAUUUCAAAUUUAUCCAGAGGAUGAAGUUGAUUCUAUAACAAAAUUACAUAUUAGUGCCCCAGAAGCAUUUAACAAAUUUAAAGGUAAAAAUAUUCUUGGCAAGGGAAUUGAUUUUUCAGAUCGUAUAUCGCUUAAACCAAGGACAGGAUAUAAAAUUGGGGAUUGGGAACUUCCUGGAGAGGGGGAGAAGGAAACACCGAUUCAAAAAUAUCAACGUUUGCAAUGUGAGAUUAAAGAAUUAUAUGAAGAGGUCAAUGACUUAAAGGAAAAAGCAAAAGAUGAAGAUGCAAAAUCAGUAAUUGAUGUAAUUUCUCAAGUACAGCUUCUAGAAAAACAGUUAGAUUCUUUAAAAUUAGAAGAAUGUCUUGGAGCUGAUCUGAUUGCAACAUUAUCAGAUCCUCAGGGCACCAGACUCAAGCAGUUAAUAUCCCAAAUAGAAGCAUUCAAACAAACCAAUAUUCCUGUUUCUCAACCUGAUGUAAAAGAACAGAGCACAACAAAAACUGAUAAAACAGCUGAACCUGGUGUACUUAAGUAUCAAAUGAUGUAUCUGCCAGAGAAAGCAAGAAUGCAAGAAGCAGCUAGAAUUGCAUUACUUGAACAAAGACUUUGUAACUUGGAAAGUGUUAUUGGAACAACUACUGAUAAACUUUCUAAAUUUUCGCAGAAUCUCAAAUGUCAAGGUGUAAUGGAAGCUGUACAAGAACUAGGAGCAAAAGCUGCAUUAUUAGAUAUGUAUCAAUUAGAUAUCAUUGAAAGCAGAUUAGCUACUUUAAUUCAUAAAAUGGAUAAUAUUCAACAAAAAAAGGUUGCAUUGGCUCUAGAUUCAGAACAGGAACAGAAAAUUUCCGAAAUGUAUGAUAUAAUGAAACAGACGGAAACUGUAUCGCAAAUUUUACCACAAACUGUAAACCGGAUGUUGGCUUUGAACACUAUUCACCAACAGGCUGCUACUUUUAGUAAGUCUUUAACGCGUUUAGAAGAAUUGCAAUCGCAAAUUACCGCUGAUUUGGAAAGUAAUAAAUCUCUCUUAAAAGGAGUGCAAGAUAGUUUCGCAUCAAAUUUAGAGGUCAUAAGAAAUAAUAUAGAAUCUUUAGAUGAACGUAUUAAAAAACUUAGUAAGUGAUAAUUUAUAAAAUGGUAUAACAAAAAUUCAUUGCAGAUUAUGAUACUUCAACUCUAAAAGUAUAUAUUUAUUAUUAAUUAAAUUAUACACAAUUUACUAAUAUUUUUUAAAUGUAUCUUUGAAUUAUUGACCUCAUCAUGUACUGCAUUUUUAAAACCCCUAUUAUAAUUUCAUUAAGUUAUU